GGGAGGGAGUUAGCGGGCGGGGCCCCAGGCUUGUCAGUCCUAUCAAUAUCCCGAGAGACUUCAUCUUCUUUGAAAAUUGAUUCGGGGCUUGGGUUAGGAUUAGGGUUCAAUGUGCUAAUAGCAGGAGAGAGGAGAGGGAAGCCAUCAGGUUCCGUCUGCUUCCAAGGCGUUCACGGGAGGAAUUUGGAAGAGGCCCAAGCGCGGGAGGACAAGGAGGCAUCGUGGAGAGGAUCUCUCCCUGAGGACCAAUAUCUGUGCACCGGUUUAGAUGCUUACAUGACUCAUGAACCUUGCGUCAUGUGCGCCAUGGCCCUGGUCCACUCACGGAUACGGAGGGUGUUUUAUUGUCUCCCUUGUCCAGAGGAAGGGGCAUUGGAGUCCCACUUUGGCGUGCAUGCUUUGCCGUCG